CAGGGGUGAAGGGGGUGUGUCUUGAGCACCAGGCUCCCAGGGACGGUGUUGGUCACCACCCUAACACAGACCCCCACAGAACUGCUCAACCGCAGCACGCUGGGCCUGAGCGGUGUUUCCCUGUUUUCCUACCUGAGCUUGUUAAAACGCACAGGUUAAGGCCCGGUCACACUCUCCUUGCUCUCUCCAUCCCAGCCCGCUCCGUUCCAAACCCGGCCCUUCUUCUCCAGGCUCUCUAUCCCCUCAUGGGAGCGAUAUCAGCCAGUGCAAGAGGACCACCGUCUCAACCCUAACAGCAGUCCUCACCAUGGAGAUGAAACAACCAGAGAUGAUGAAUCGAGAGGAUGGGGGAGAGCAUGAGAAGGAACAGGAGUCACAAGAAAACGGAAGGCUUGUUGCGGACAGCGUUGCGGAGAAGGGUCAGAAAUCCUGCUCCGGACCUGGGCAGGUCUCCAACGGUUAUCCCAGCACAUCCCCACAAAGUCCCAGGGAUGGUGCGGGUGCUGGGACGGACAGGGACAGCACCCCUGGGGCAUUCAGGACUCUGGUGGUCCAGCAGACCAGCUUGGAUCCACCUAGGGAGACCUGGAGCAAAAAGAUGGACUUCUUGCUGUCGGUGAUCGGGUAUGCAGUGGACCUGGGAAAUGUGUGGCGUUUUCCCUACAUCUGCUACCAAAACGGAGGGGGUGCCUUUCUUCUGCCGUACCUGCUGAUGGCUGUGUUUGGUGGCGUGCCGCUGUUUUACAUGGAACUGGCUUUGGGCCAGUUUCACCGCAGCGGGUGUAUCUCCAUCUGGAAACACAUCUGUCCCAUCUUCAAGGGUAUAGGCUUUGCCAUCUGCAUCAUUGCACUCUACAUUGCCUUCUACUACAAUACCAUAAUGGCCUGGGCUCUCUACUACCUCCUGUCCUCCUUUCGUGCCACGCUGCCCUGGACCACCUGCACCAACCAGUGGAACACUCCCAACUGCACCCACUACCUGUCCACCGAUUUGAAUGUCUCCUGGACCAACUACUCCAUCUCUCCGGCUGAAGAGUUCUAUAUACGGCAGGUCUUGCAGGUUCAUCUGUCCCCUGGUCUUCAUCAGUUGGGCUGGGUGAGUUGGCAACUAGCCCUCUGUCUGUUGUUCAUCUUCACUGUUGUGUACUUCAGCAUCUGGAAAGGGGUCAAGACCUCCGGCAAGGUAGUGUGGGUGACGGCUACCUUUCCGUACCUGGUGCUGCUGAUCCUGUUGAUAAGAGGGGCCACCCUGCCAGGAGCAUGGAGAGGAGUGGUCUUCUACCUGAAACCUGAUUGGAGCAAACUUUUAACCACUACAGUUUGGCUUGAUGCAGCUGCGCAGAUCUUCUUCUCUCUGGGUCCAGGCUUUGGUGUUCUCCUGGCCUUUGCCAGCUACAAUCCCUUUCAUAACAACUGCUACAAAGAUGCAUUGGUCACAAGCUCAGUGAACUGUUUGACCAGUUUCCUGUCAGGCUUUGUGAUCUUCACUGUGCUGGGCUACAUGGCAGAGAUGCGCCAACAACGUGUGGAGACUGUAGCUAAAGAUGCUGGUCCCAGUCUGCUUUUCAUCAUCUAUGCUGAGGCUAUUGCCAAUAUGCCGGCUGCUACGUUCUUCGCCAUCAUAUUCUUCCUCAUGAUAAUUAUGCUGGGGCUGGAUAGCACGUUUGCAGGUCUGGAAGGGGUAAUUACAGCCAUGUUGGAUGAGUUCCCCCACCUGUUGGCCAGGAGGAGAGAAUGGUUUGUGCUCGGCCUUGUGUGUGUCUGUUAUUUGGGCGCCCUCUCCACUCUUACCUACGGAGGUGCGUUUGUUGUUAAACUAUUUGAGGAGUAUGCCACAGGCCCUGCUGUUAUCACCGUGGUCUUCCUCGAGGUCAUUGCUGUUUCCUGGUUCUAUGGGACGACACGUUUCUGCAACGACGUGCAGCUGAUGCUUGGCUUUGCUCCUGGUGUGUUUUGGAGGGUCUGCUGGGUAGCCAUCUGUCCCUGCUUCCUAUUGUUCAUUAUUGGGAGUUUCCUGGCAUUCCCUCCCGAGGUGAGGCUGUUUGACUACCUGUACCCUUUCUGGACCACAGUUCUCGGCUACUGUAUUGGAGUCUCCUCCUUCAUCUGUGUGCCUUCUUACAUGGUCUACCAUCUAGUCACCACCAAAGGGACCUUCAAACAGCGUCUGCUAAAGAGCAUUACCCCUGAGGCUCCGGGGUCCAGCGGCCCUCAGAGAGACACAAUUGUCAUCACCAACGCCGUGUGACACAUUUCCUCUUGUGCUGGACAUGUAGCACAAACGCAGGGGACCCGUGUCUCCUGUAAGGGCCUCGGCUGACCUCCCUUCACACCUCACCCCAGAGGAGUCUGCUACCUGUAUUGUGUGACGGUGAGGCCAGGCCUCCGAAUACAGCCAUUGUUUUAUUCUUAUACUAGCCAUCCAUGUGUGACCACUGUCAGCGCUCAUAUGAACUACUGACUGCCGUAGCAAGUUCUUGAGUUUGUGUUUUGUCCUUCCGUUGUUAAUUUUAGAUCUCCAUAAACAGUUUAUAUAUAUAUGGCUCGUGUACACUAAUGUUGAAAAGUUUGGGGUCAGUAAGAU